AUGAAUUCUUUGGAAUUAGACUUAACUGCUCAACACAUGGACAAUUUGAUAAGGAAUCUUUCGGGUUUUAACCUUGAAGUUGACAAGAUCGAAAAGAGAUGGGAACUGUUUUUCAGAGCAGUUGCCUCACAGUUCAAUAGACACCUGAGGGAAUAUAAGGAACAUAUCGAAGGGCAUUGCACUUCCCUUGGAUUAGGAAUCAGUGAAGCCUUCGACACACGUAGACUUAGGGAGCUGUUUGUGAAAGAAGUCUCUGAUAACAUUGAAGAGUACAGAGACUGGAUGACAACUGGCGUUAAUGGGUUAGAGGAAGUUUACAAAUUUAGCCAAGACGGAUUUUUCGCAAAUGAAGUUGGUGAUUUAUGCGCGAGAGCAACAGCUAAAGUCUUGAAAAUUCCAAUUGUGAUUAUUACCGCUCUCCUUCAACACCUACGGUGCCAUUCCUACCACACGAAUUCCUUACCACCAUACCCAUCUACAUUGCAUAUGAUCAUUCUGGGCCAGGCCACUACGAUGCCACAAAAGGUACUCGAUAAUUGUUCAAUAACCUUAGGUUAAAUUAGCAGUUAUAAAUUCUGAUAAUGCUACAUACCUCCUCAUAUAUCGAGGUUUGAACUGAGAAUUUUUCGAGAUCCUCCCGAUGUCUUGGCACCCUUAUAAGGUUGAAGUCUUGUACUAGUACUAAGUUGUAAAUGCUUACGUUAAUAAAACUGAGCCGGAAAUCAUUUAAUGGAGAAAAUGAUGUUUUCUUCAUUUGUGCUGAAACGAAUUCUGUAAAUCGAGGUUAUUUCAGAUAUAAGCAAUAACUAUUUGCCAACGUGUCGGUGGCUAAUAGUAGACAUUUAACGAGCCGCGAAGCAGCUUGGCAAAUAUUCACUAAUAGCCACGACACUGAGGCGAAUAGCUGUUUUUAGUACACACUAAAUCAGUGAGAUAAUAUGGCACAAAAAGAUGAUUUAAUAAUCAAUUUAUUCCUGUACGUGCGGCAGCGUGAAACUCGCGAGUUUCUCGGAGGUAAAUAGCAAAGGAUAUUCAGAGUUUGAGUAGCCAGUCAGAGCACACCUUCAACGCUGUCCACUGCUUUAGUAUAUACUAAUGACCUUUAACUUGUCGAAACCUUGUCGAAAACCAUUGCAUUAAUUCUUGACAUGGUUUCAUCGUUUCAGAAGUUUCAAGUGAGAAUGGCUGUGACGAACAAGCGAAGGAAACAAGAUGCACUUGCGGUAAAAACAAGAAAAAUAAGUCAGUUUCAGACAUUUUCUGUGUUUCUGGUAAAUGCCCGUGCCACAAAGUGA